GACUGAUUUUUGGCGAACUAAAAUGGCAAAUUCACCAAUCGCACCUAAGAAAAGGCGGAGGCAGCAUUUUUUGUCACAUGAAAAAGUGAUGAUAUGCAAUUUGUAUAACACUUUUAUACGAGAGACUCCAGAUGCCUCACACAAUGAAAUUGCGAAGGCUGUUGCGUCGUCAUUAGGUAUCCAUUGGGUAUCAGUGUACAAAAUUGUGAAUGAAAAAAAAAACGAAUAAUGUCCUUAUAUCACCUAAAAAACAAAGACAGCGCAAAACUGUGUUAAACACAAUGGACAGCUUUACUCAAAACGCAUUGCGAAGAAUAGUGCACGAGUUUUUUUCACGGAAUGAAAUCCCGACACUAACCAAAAUUUUGAACGCGGUCAACAGCGAUACAACUCUAGAAAAUUAUAAGCGGUCUACACUUCACAAGUUAUUAAGACAUAUUGGAUUCAAGUUUAUUAAAAGAAGUCGCAAUAGUCUUAUGAAUGAUCGAGAAGAUCUACAAUAUUGGAGGCGAAAUUAUUUAAAAUGUGUGAAGGAAGCGAGAGCAGCGGGAAAAAAGAUUUUCUACUUGGAUGAAACGUGGGUAAACGAGGGUCACACUAAAAGCUUAAUUUGGCUUGACUCGACGAUCCAAAACGCAAGACAUGCUAUGAUAAAUGGUUUAUCUUCUGGCUUAAGAAAUCCAUCAGGCAAGGGAAAGCGGCUAAUCGUAACACACAUUGGAAGUGAAGACGGAUUUGUUGAAGGCGGCCUAUUAGUGUUUGAAUCAAAGAACAAAGGAGAUUAUCAUCAAGACAUGAACGCGGAGGUAUUUGAAGAAUGGUUCACACAGGUGCUUGAUAAGAUUCCAGAUGGCUCUGUAAUUGUUCUAGAUAACGCCCCAUACCAUUCAAGAAAAAUAGAAAAGGUACCCAACACACAAUCACGAAAGAAUGAAAUCAUUGAUUGGUUAAAGGAAAGGAACUUAUUUACAAUUAAUAUGAAUAAAAAAGAUUUAUUGGAUAUAGUAAGAGCUCAUAAAAAUAGGUAUGAGGCGUUUGUUGUAGAUGAAAUAGCGAAACAAAGAAAUAAAACAGUGCUACGAUUACCCCCUUAUCACUGCGAAUUGAAUCCGAUAGAGAUGAUUUGGUCGCAAGUCAAGGGGUACGUAGCCAACAAUAAUAAAACUUUCAAACUAGCGGAAGUGAAACAGUUACUCCGGGAAGGUAUUUCUAAAGUAAAUGCUGAGUCAUGGAAGAAAUGCAUCAAGCACGUAAUAGAAGUGGUAGAAACAAAAAUGAGUAUAGUCGAACCGCUGGAUAGAUUUAUAAUAAAUUUAGAAAAUGAUUCUAGUGCAUCGGAGAUGGAAUAAAUAUUUUUAUUAACAAACACCUGGUUUUAUUAAUACUGUUAUAUGUAGCCAGAUACCUAUUUAGUUAAAUAUUGUGACUAUCCAGUAACUAUUUUUUAAUUUCAUAUUUAUGAUCAAUAGAUAGUUUUAGUUUUGUAACUUUGAAUUCCGUAAUAUUAAUAUACGUAUGAUGCCUUAAGCAUUAAAUUUAAGUCCGCCGAUUCGUUAUUUCACUAUUGAUCAUAAAUAUUCAGUCGGUCCUUUAAAAUAAACCAAAAAGAAUAUAAAUAUUAACCAUACAUCGGGGUUUUUGGUGCCGUGCUAAUGUUUGACAUUAGCCAAAAAAAAGGGUAAUAACCAAAAACCGAUACCUACUAUUUUAACAUUUCUAAGCAGUUUUAGUGCUUACUACCUAUUUUUAAUUGAUACUCGUAGUUUGGUAAUUAUUUAAUAUUCUCGCACCAGAAACCCCGAUGUAUGAUUAUAACCAUAAGGAAUAUAAAAAUAAAUAUUCCGAGCGACGGCAUGUAAGCCGGGCCGGACAGCAAGGUACCAUUGUUUACGCCCACUGCCUUUUUUUGUCCUUUUCAUCUGCAUACAAAAGUGCAAAAGAGAGACCGUUAUACUAGCUCGUUAACGUGGAUAGAGUAUA